AGGCUGGCUACCGGGGGCGCGGGCCGGGGGCCCUCCGAGCGGGGCGCGGCGCAGCAGGCCGGGCCGCGCGGGGCGGUGGCCGAAGGGGCCCGCCGCGGGGAGGAGAGGGCUCCGGAGGCGGGCCGGGCCUGGGCCGCCCCCCUCCCCUCACACCGGGACGCGGGAAACGGACGCCGCGGGGAGGAGGGCUGCGGCUGCGGCCGCGCAUCCCCGCCGCCCCCGAGUCUCGACCGGUGUUGCCCAUUGUCAGCAAGUUAUCCGUCGCCCGGCUCGUGCAGGUAUCGUUUCCAAAGCUUCCUCUUCGUGACUGUGUGGCGGCCGGCAGCUUACGAAGCGCCUUCGGCGUCCUGCCUGGGUGUGCUGCGCCCGGGACCGGGAAACUUGAGUUUUCGAGGAUCUGAGAGCAGAGCUGCUUUCUGCAGGCCAUGCCCAGGCCUCCCGACCCCGCGGAAACGUGGGCGAUGGGCAUCUGCAACCUGGUGUUGCCGUCUUGGAGGAGGCAACUCCUGCAGAGGCCGAGCUGGCUGUUAACUUAGGCAACCCCGAAAGGCCUGCGCGGGGGUUCGCCGGCCCGCGAGCCAGUGCCUGCGUUACGGUCCUAGUGCCGCCACUUAGCCGAGCCACUCUGACCCGGGCUCCGCCGUUGGAGCCUUUGCCAACGAAUGGAAACCGACUGCAGUCCCGUGGAGCGGAGCAGCAGGCCCGGGUUUGACGACCGCGCAGAGGUGAAUGGCUUCGAGGGCGCCGACGUGAAAGACAUGAGGCUGGAAGCGGAAGCAGUGGUCAACGACGUCCUGUUCGCCGUGAACGCCAUGUUCGUCUCCAAGGCGCUGCGCUGCGCCGACGACGUGGCCUACAUCAACGUGGAGACGCGGGAGAGGAACAGGUACUGCCUGGAGCUCACGGAAGCGGGGCUCAAGGUGGUAGGGUAUGCUUUCGACCAGGUGGAUGAUCACCUGCACACGCCCUACCACGAAACGGUCUACUCCCUGUUGGACACGCUCAGCCCUGCCUACCGGGACGCCUUCGGAAACGCGCUGCUUCAGAGACUGGAGGCUUUGAAGAGAGACGGACAGUCGUGACCAAGCUUGUUCCUGUCCGAGGGGCGGCGGCUGGAACACAAUAUGGGCACGAAGCUUGAAACUCCUGCUUAUGGUCAUAGGAGAAAAUGCAUCUUUGGUUUUGUGUUUUCAUCAUUUCUCGCUUCACAUUUGGCUUUUGACCCAGACCAUUACUGACUAAUAAAUCGUCUGCCUUAGUCCCUGAUUCGUGAAGGGGACCCUGAGGCCACAGCUGCGGCGGCAUCGUUAAGGCGUUCGGGUCUCUGCACUUCAAAACGGAAUCACCCUUUCGUUCUCUCACCCCAGGGCUUCGGUGCUGCGGCACUCUCUCUCGCAUGGGAAGGUCUGCAUUUGCACAGCGACAUAGGGAUUAGAACGACCUACAGGCAAACUUCGAUUCAGCUUGCUAAAUCAGGGUUUACUGCCAGCGUGGACUAACGUUACAGUAAUUAUUCUGGUACUAGCCUUACUGGGAACAAAUUAUCGACUAGUUUCCCCUGCACAAAUUUUGAAAUUCACUGCUUCACUUCAUCUAUUUGUGUUACUGAUACGGACUGAUAAUGAUGUGUUCAUUAUAUAUUACUUAGCUAGUAUUACACGAACAGUAGGGACAGAAAAGUUCUGUAUUCCUUGUUUGCAACAGCCAGCCAACUAAGAGGACAAACCGUUAGCAAAUGAAUGUAAUGGUUACUUUUUCCAAGGUACUUAAGCACAUAAGCAAAUAGAGGAACAGGCUCCAUUCUUCACAAAAAGCAUCUUCCAUGUGUAGGAUUUAAAAGAAAGAAGAUUCCGAUUUCUUAAAAAAAAAACAACAAUAUUUUGGCCUGUGUUGAUCCUUCUUAUGAAUGUUUGUUUACAUGAUGUACAGUAUAUAUGCAGAAAGUAUUUUUGCUUCCACAUUUACUUUCUAUAAUGUACUGCUUUGGUAUUCCCGCAGCGCCCCCUUCCCCAGCCAGCGCGCAGUGUUUGUCCCCAGCCAGUGUGCGUCCACGAUGUCAUGCGAGUGCGUGGUGUGGGUUCGAAACCAAAGGGGGAAGGAAGCACUCCGAGACUUCAUGUGUGAAAAGGGAGACUCUGUGUUUUAUAUUUUAUUACAGGUACUGAUAUUUAUAAACUUAAUAAACUACGCCAUGCUGCUUCAUGUUUUCCAGAAAAUGUUGAAUAGUAAGAUUUGGGGACACCGUUUUUUUAAUAAUGUCCUAAAGUAGCAGCUGUAGAAAUGCUGAACUAAAAUUCUGCAUCUCGACACACCUUCAGAAAGUGGUCAUUUGCAGGCUUUUCUAAAUCAUUAUUAAAUACUCAGUACUUCUAGGCCCUGAAGACGAUGCAGGCCAGAGCAGGUUUGCGUUCGGUCCAGGUCACUCUUCAUCGUCACACGUCACUGGUGGAGUGCUGUCGUCACGGGGGAUAGCGCAUACUCAUUCCCAGCUCUCCUGGCAGAUGCUCCACUGUUGGGCAGUGGAGUCCGACUUCAGGUUGGACUUCCUGUUAAUCUCAGGCUCACUGGAAAGGGUAUUUGUAAAAUCCGAAUAAACUUCUGUUUGCUCAGUUUUGAGUUUUCAGUAUGAAGAAAAAGUGAUUGUGUGUUUAGAAAUUGAAAUUGAUCACUUUGUGAUAAAUGGUUGAUUCCAAGA